AUAAGUCCUUUCUAGUUUUCCACUGAAACGACUUGAAGACCCCAAGGUGAGAAAGGUCCCGUGAACCAAACGUAGAAACGAAGAACAGUGAAAAUGACUCUGGGCCUGAUCAAUGCGAACCCAGUGGUUCAUGCCAAGAAAGAACGAGUCGCUCGAAGCGAAGAUCCUCACGGCGAGGACGCCGUUGAUCCCCUCGAAAUCUAUGAUUUUGUGAGGGAUAUAAGAGAUCCAGAACAUCCGUAUUCAUUGGAGCAGCUUAGUGUUCUCUCCGAGGAAUCAGUCACCGUUGAUGAGAAGCUCGGCCGAAUUCUGAUAACUUUCACUCCCACUAUUCAGCAUUGCAGCAUGGCGACGGUAAUCGGUCUGUGCCUGAGGGUUAAAUUAAAAGAAUGUUUUCCUCCACAUUUUAAGGUUGACAUCAAAGUCGCUCCUGGAUCUCAUGCUGAUGAAGAAUCAGUUAAUAAGCAGCUAAAUGAUAAAGAAAGAGUUGCCGCUGCCUUGGAAAAUCCUAAUCUUCGCCAACUUGUGGACGAGUGCCUUUACUCCAAUGAACUUUGACCAAGUACGCUCACCUAGUCUGAAGCUUAUGUACAGAUCAAAUGUCAGCAGCUCCGGAUGCAAUAAGAAAUGACUUUGUUGUGAUGUAACUUUCAUUUGCUGAGUGUAUAUGCUUUGUGUGUGUCCUCGUUUUCCUUCAUGCAGAAGAGUGCAGCUAGGAUAUUUCCUUAGAUGGGGGAAAACUAAUAGUGCUACAUGUUUUUUAUCACAUGGCCGUCCUCCAUGUGGCAAAGUGUAACAAUUUAGAGAACAGGAACCUUUUUAUGUUUGUUGGAAUUCGGAAGCAGGACUUGUUAGAAUUUACUGAAAUAGUUGUCUUGUGAAAUGACUCCUUUUAGUUUGAAAACUUGGAUCGAGUUCUGGAAA